AGUGUCCCAAAAUCCAUGCACUAAUUAUAUAGUGUACAUCGCAAAUGCAAUCACCAUCACAUGGGCCAUAGUCAAAUGGACCCCAAUGCCGCUAUUUUCCAAUUGUCCCCCGACAUUUUUCUUCUCAUCCUUAAACACCUAGCUCUACAUGAUAAAUUUCUUCUUUCACACACCUGUAAAGCAUUUCGACAUAGUACAUAUCAUGACUGGGAUAGUGAGAUCUCGCGGCUCUCCUCUAGCGAUAGAGUUGGAUUCUGGGCAGGGUUGGCUUACACUCUGCCCGAUUACUGGGCUUGUCCCAAAUGCUGCAAACUGCAUCUUAUCAAUACCUCGGACGUACCAGCAACCCUAUAUAGACAGCAGUUGAUUCCAUGCCAGGCUGACAUUUCUCGAGGAAUCGGUACAGAAAUGUAUUCUAUCCACCACCAUCACAUACAAUUUGCAUUAAAGCUCUCCCGGCUAUGCAAACAUCAACAAUACCUUGGAGCAUUAAUGAAGCCUUAUACGGAUACCAGGAUAUCAUUGCUGAAUCCACUUACAGAUUCUUAUACAGCAGAGCCUAAUAUCAUCACGAAACAAUUUAUUCUACGUGAAGAGUGGAAUAUUAGCAAUGAUACCAGUACAACACUUCCGCUUUUCCCAGAAAACGGAACAUUUCAUAUGCCGGUGUGCCCACACCUGGGCCUAACGUCUAGUGGACUCGCAUCCUCUCGCAUGCGAAAGAAAUGGGAUGCGGAACGUCUGCAACUGCGCCACAAGAUGACUGAGCUUGAAGAAUUGACUUUAUUUAAAGAGAUGACCCUAAUCGAAGAUGGGAUUGCCUUUGCUUUCCGAUUCCCCGGCAAUUGGAUAUACAACUCCUGUUUGCGCUGCCCUACAGAUAUCGGAAUCAUUGUUUCUGCAGAUGAGCGAAAGGUGACCGUCAGGGCAUGGCAUAACUUUGGCGUAGAAGGAUCACCAAUGGGUACCAACUGGAGGGUUCAUGUGGCGGACCCAUCACAAGCAUGGGCUACACUUGGUUCCUAUAUGGAUUAUACUCACCGUAGUGUUCGGACGCUAUGGAUGGAGGAUAUUUCCGAUGAAACUAAGUCGAAGGCACAAACAGGCAUCCUAGGGAGGAAGCUACAUUAAUCAACAGUGGUUGCUGGUUUUGUAGUAGGCAAUAGACUGAUCUUUAGUACGAAAUCGAACAACUAAUGUUGGCACCGGAGAGAAAAUUGUAAUUCCGAGCUUAUUGUUUGUCAGCAUGAAUUAUAAAUUAAAGUGUGG